GCUGCAAGCUCUGAGGCGGCAUGAUGCUCACGCUCGCAAGAACAAGUUCCCUCCUGACGGAGUCGCCUCUGCAACAUCUCUGGAGCUGGAGUUCUGGAACCUUGUGUGUUCGUCUGAGGAGUAUUUCGUGUCCCCCAAAGGUAUGGAGUCCACUAUGACACAUGGUAGUGGAUUUCCUGCGUACGAGCCCCGUCAUAUCUCACAAAGCGACUGGAACUUGACCAAUCUCCGACACCUCCCCGACGGAGUGAUGGGAUUCCUGCCGGAUGUCAAGUUUGUUACUCAGCCUAGACUGGAGUUUUGUUCUCUCUUCUCAGCAUCUGGAUGGCAUGUUGAACCCCACUUCCUGCCACUCAUCUCUUACAACCACUUCAGUCACCCUCGUAUUUGGUACGCUUGCCCAGCUUCCGAUAGCCGGAAAUUCUUGUCAGCCCUCCACGAUAUCGUUCCCCGUCUUGUUAACGGUAACCACAUCCUCGACCCUAACUGUGUUCUUAUCCCUCCUGCUGAAUUCAUUGCUAAAGAUAUCAAAGUGGUCAGAGCUGUCCAGAAACCUGGCGAGUUCAUUAUCACUGCUCCUAAAUCUUACAUCGCCCACUUCAGUCUCGGCCUCAACGUUAACGAAGCGGUGAACUUUGCAACUGAAGAGUGGCUCCACCAUGGCUCAGACAGUUUGAAAUUGUACCAAGAUUGGAAGUUAAGACCACCCCUGAACAUUCCUCAAAUUAUAAUCGACGUAAUAAAACGACACGACUCUUUGAACGAGCGUGCCCUGAGAGCUGCAGAACCCUACUUGAUCUCCGUUCUAAAGGAUGAGCUGGAAGAUAGAAAGAAGUGCACUCUUCCUACUGCAUCUCUUAUUCUGGAGUCCAGUGAUAUGUUCUGUGAAAAUUGUCAGACCAUUUGUCAUCUCUCUUCUGUUAAAGCAUGUAAACUUACUGAGGGCGUGCCCUCAAAGAUGAAGGAGAAGAAAUCGAAGACUACCAAGAAACAACCAGCUUUCUGUCUAAAACAUUCAUCUCACAUCACUACCGGUUUGCUGGAAUGCAAAGUAUCUGAUGCAGUAAUCAAACGUAUGCUCAGCACCCUUGAAAAACGACUCCACCCAAAACGGAGUAUAGUACACCCAGUCCAGUCUCUGGCCAGGUCAGUGUGUCGACCCCAGAUGACACCCUCUCCGAUAGUUUCCAAAUCAGAGCCUGCAAAACCCACGAACACACCACCUAGCUGUGCGCCCCGUUCACCUGCUCACCAGGCCUCCCCCGUGUGCCCUCCUAGUCCUGAGGAAGCUACUGCUGGUCAGUCAGACAAGGGGCUGCGUCUUAUCAUUCCCACCCAACCUCUCGCUUACACCCGGUACCCUCCCAGUCCAACCUACACCAACACUCCCAUCACUCCUCUACCUAAACCUAUCGCUAUCAAACCUCAGCUUGCCUCUCCCAUCAUACCCUCAAUGCUGGUUCACCCUCAAAGGUACACCUUCAACAUGGCUAUGCCGGUCCCUCGCCCUCCCUCCCUUCCUGAACCACGUCCUGCUCUUUGGGAGUCCUAUCAGCCUCCUGACACUUUAUAGUCACGUGGCACUCCUUAUAUGGUAAUCCUAGUCACGUGGUGCUCCUGACUAAUAGUAUGGGACAGAUCAUGUUUUACCUCACAUGGUAGCGUUAGCACUGAUAAACCCUAUAAACCCGGUCGAGAUGAUGGUUUAAAGUCAUCCAGUUUUGAUUUCAUGAUGAUGUGACUGAAUUUAUCAUUUUCUUAUCGGACUUUAUUCUAACGAACUUAACUCGGUCGCUGAGGCUCUUAGCAGUCAUAGUCAGGGCCGGCAGAAUAAGGCACUACAAAUGUAUUGAUCGAUAAGCCACUAGCUGGUAAUAUCUCGAUAUCUCCUACAAUCCGUUGGAGGAAGUUAAACCCGAUACAUUUCUUUGAACUGUAAAGCAAUUGAUCUCUAAUUAUGAUAAUGUUUAGUUAUAUAGUGUAAGUACUCUUCUUUAUUGUUGCCGUGUUGUUAUCACCUGUUGAUUUGGCGCUCAUUUAUUGCGCGGCUUAAGUGUGAUCUUUCGUGAUUGAAUUAUGUAUACUUAAAAACGCACUUGUGCAACUGCAAGCAGUGAUUGCAAGUCCUGAUUAAAAUUUUCCGAAGAUAAAGCCUAUCACCUAUGUUAAGGAUGGACAUGAUUCCAUAUCUUUGCAGAAUUUAUGUAACAUUUCAAAUCUGUAAGCAAGGACUAAAUUAUAUGUCAUAAGUUUCUUAUCUCGUUGCUAGCUUAGUUCUUAUUGUUCAGGAAUUGGGUAUUUUUUGACCACAUAUUCAGAGAUAUCAUUCCUUCUUUAACCUCUCAUUCAUAUUGAAUAAUAUCAGAUUGCCACAGAUAGUUAAAGUUUGAACCAAGGCUAAGAAUCUUUCUGUAAAGCCCUUUAUUGUAUUAAUUGAAUUUUAAAAGUAAAGUGAGAAAUCGCUGAAUUUUCCGAGUCUGAAAAUGCAAUUGUGACAAAAUUUUUGUGUUUCUGAUCUUCUUUGUUGUGUUAAAGUAAUAACGGAAUUUGUUUUUUUGCUCUAUAUUUUAUACAUUUUUAAUUGAUAAUUCCAUUUUUGAUCAGUAAAAUAUUUAAUAGCUUCGUUGACAGUUAAACUCUUGUGUUGAGCCCUUUGGUUCUAUUGCCUGAUAAAGAGUCUCACAGUUAAUAAAGUGACCGUUACAUUUCGUUUCUAAAGAACGCUACCUCCUCAAUCGUAUAGUGUUUUUGUCAAAAUAUGAGCUGACUGUUUAAUAUGAUUUGCGCGAAACGUUAUGUAUUUUAGUGCAUUUGCCACAGAAAAUGAAUCGUGUUGCACAAGCUUAUAAAAAUUUAAGUGAUACGAAAAAGGGUUAUGUUGUAUUGUAAUCACGAUUUAAAGUUAAAAUGUGCGUGAGUGUAAAAUUUAAACAGAAUCAUUGUACAAACAUUAAUUGUAUUGCGAUUUUUCUUUUAUCAAAAUCUUGAAA